CCCGCCCCGUCCCCGCGGGGCUGAGCUGGGAGGCUCCGCCCCCCGCCCACGAGGAAGUGGCUGCGCUGCGCGGGGCCCAGAGCCGGUUCGGCGCGUCGACUGCCCAGAGUCCGCGGCCGUGGUGCCCCGAGGAGCCGAGCAGCCAUGGCCUAUCACAGCUUCCUGGUGGAGCCCAUCAGCUGCCACGCCUGGAACAAGGACCGCACCCAGAUUGCCAUCUGCCCCAACAACCACGAGGUGCACAUCUACGAGAAGAGUGGGAACAAGUGGGUCCAGGUGCACGAGCUCAAGGAGCACAAUGGGCAGGUGACAGGCAUUGACUGGGCCCCUGAGAGUAACCGCAUCGUGACUUGCGGCACAGACCGCAACGCCUACGUGUGGACGCUGAAGGGCCGCACGUGGAAGCCCACCCUUGUCAUCCUGCGCAUCAACCGCGCUGCUCGCUGUGUGCGCUGGGCCCCCCAGGAGAACAAGUUCGCCGUGGGCAGUGGCUCCCGUGUUAUCUCCAUCUGCUAUUUUGAGCAGGAAAAUGACUGGUGGGUGUGCAAGCACAUCAAGAAGCCCAUUCGCUCCACUGUCCUCAGCCUGGACUGGCACCCCAACAAUGUGCUCCUGGCCGCUGGCUCCUGCGACUUCAAGUGCCGGAUCUUCUCAGCCUACAUCAAGGAGGUGGAGGAGCGGCCAGCACCCACUCCCUGGGGCUCCAAGAUGCCCUUCGGGGAGCUGAUGUUUGAGUCCAGCAGUAGCUGCGGCUGGGUGCACGGCGUCUGCUUUUCAGCCAGUGGUAGCCGCGUGGCCUGGGUCAGUCAUGACAGCACCGUGUGCCUGGCUGAUGCCGACAAGAAGAUGGCCGUGGCGACUCUGGCCUCUGAAACGCUACCACUGCUGGCUCUGACCUUCAUCACGGAAAACAGUCUGGUGGCAGCGGGCCACGACUGCUUCCCGGUGCUGUUUACCUACGAUGGCGCCGCGGGGACGCUGAGCUUCGGGGGGCGGCUGGACGUGCCCAAGCAAAGCUCGCAGCGCGGCCUGACGGCCCGCGAGCGCUUCCAGAACCUGGACAAGAAGGCGAGCUCGGAGGGCAGCGCGGCGGCGGGCGCGGGCCUGGACUCGCUGCAUAAGAACAGCGUCAGCCAGAUCUCUGUGCUCAGUGGGGGGAAGGCCAAGUGCUCGCAGUUCUGCACGACGGGCAUGGACGGUGGCAUGAGCAUCUGGGACGUGAAGAGCCUGGAGUCAGCCUUGAAGGACCUCAAGAUCAAAUGACCCGAGAGGCGUCUGCGCCCUCAUCCCAGCUGCUGGGGGAAGAGGGUCGGGAAGGCUAAGGAUCGCUGUGCUGAAUGUUUCUAGGGUACCAGUCCGGGUCGCCACAGAUGCUGCUCCCUGGGGGUGGGGGGUGGGAGAGGCUUUUCUUACCUAUUGAAGGAACAGUUGCCUUUUUCUUAAGGAAAUGCUUUCAUUUAUUGUAAAAAAAAAAAAAAAAAAAAAAAGUCCCCCAAGCACUCUGCUGGUCACGAACUGCUUCCAACAAGGAGGUAAUAAAAAUGCAGUUGUAGAGACGA